AUGCCCAGCAGGACCAGCCGCUACGCCCGAUACAGCCCACGACAUCGGCGCCGGCGGAUGCUGGCCGAUCGCAGCGUGCGUUUCCCUAACGAUGUCCUGUUCUUAGACCACAUCCGCCAGGGUGACCUGGAGCAGGUAGGGCGCUUUAUCCGGGCUCGGAAAGUCACCCUGGACACCAUCCACCCCUCAGGCCUGGCCGCCCUGCACGAAGCCGUGCUCUCUGGAAACCUGGAGUGCGUGAAGCUGCUGGUCAAGUACGGAGCUGACAUUCACCAGCGAGACGAGACUGGGUGGACGCCCCUGCACAUCGCCUGCAGCGACGGGUACCCUGACAUAGCCAGGUACCUCAUCUCCCUGGGGGCAGACAGAGACGCAGCCAACGACGAUGGAGACCUGCCUUCAGACCUCAUCGACCCAGACUUCAAGGACCUGGUGGAGCUCUUCCAAGGGACUCGGAUGGACUGAGCCCAGCCCUGCCCUCCCGGGGCUCUGGCCCUCCGGAGAGAAGUUGGGUGCCCACCUCCCCCACGUACGAGGACUUGCCCCACCGGUAGGGGCGGCAGCUGGCCAGGAGCCCGUACCUGGGCACAACCCCCACCCCCCACGCUUCUGGCCUGGCUUUUUCUCCAGGUGAAUUUUUUUUUAUCGUGACACUUUU